CUGCGAACGCGCGGAAUAAAGCCCAAAGUCUAGUGGGUUUGUACACCCAAAGCGAAGAUCGACAAAACUUCAUGCGAGAGCUUCUCACCAUGGAUUUGUAUAUAGCAUUUGUGCUAAUUUGAGGAUUAUACACUUCCUUCUUCGCUUUAGCGAUGGGUUUUGCAAAUGCAAGCUCGAAAUACGCGGAUCUUAAAAGCUCGCCACGCUAGGCGACAGAGGAAUUACUAUUUUUUGACUUUUACAAAAAGUGGUUUGUUUGUGCUCUGUUAACGGCUGCCGUUGUUACGGAUCUUGACCGAGAGGGAUAUCCACAAGUUUGACCCUACUGUGGACCGUCUUCAAGAAGACUUUCUCUCCCUAGUCCUUCGUGUCCUUGGCUUCUUUUUCCAGUGCCAAGUUACCCGGGCGAUAAGGCGCAACCACGCCGGGGGAAGGCUGCUGCUCUCCGGCUAGCUGAGAAGCGGCUUCUCCUUGAAUCGGGGCCUCGUCGGCUAGGCGACAAUGCUUGACAUAAUGUCUGACCACCAAGAUUCGCUUUUGACGUGUAAAACGGAGCCCUUGCCCCCAGAAAGAAAAAAGAGGACUGUAGAGGACUUCAACAAGUUCUGCAGCUUUGUUCUGGCUUAUGCAGGCUACAUCCCCAGUCCAAAAGAGGAAAGUUCCUGGUCUCCAACUUCGUCCAGCUCGGCACACAGCUCAGGGCUGUCGGCGGACGGGGGCGGCGGAGGCAGCAGCUCCAUUGGCAACGCCUGGCCAGACGGGAGCUCCGACAUUCACACCAUCCACACGUUUGUGCGCAAAGCCCGCGCGAACAAGGGCAAAAACAUUCGACGCAUGCACUCCGACAGCACCCUGCUGGACAAGAUGCGCCUCAAAGACUCGCUGUACGACAGCCAGGCCAGCGCCAAGGCCGAGCGCAAGAAGGACAAGAAGCUGAAAAAGCUGUCUCUGGGCUCGGCCACGAUGGCGCCGGACAGCGGCAGCAGCGAGGGAGAGAAGCGGGCCCGCAUCAAGCGCAGCAAGAACUCCUCCAAACAGCCCAAAGCAAAGAAGCUGAAGAGCUCCGCCGCCCAGAGCGAGACGGACUCGGAGUCGCGGAAUUCGCAUGCCGAGGUCCGGGCCGCCAGGGAGGAGCUGGCGUCGCACGGCGGCUCCACCUCCAGCCUCCACGGCCUGGGGAAGCCCGACGAAUCCAUCAGGGAAGCGGAGAUGAGCUCCAGCGAGGGCGAGACAUGGAUCGCAGACGAAGAUAUCAUGGUGGAGUCCGGCGACGACUCGUGGGACCUGAUCACCUGUUACUGCGGGAAGCCGUUCGCCGGGCGGCCGAUGAUCGAGUGCAACCAGUGCGGCAUAUGGGUGCACCUGUCAUGUGCGAAGAUCAAAAAGUCCAACGUUCCCGACAUCUUUUACUGUCAGAAGUGCAGAGACUUGCGGCGGUCGGGACACAAAAAGGACACUUAAGAAGGACGUUCUCCGCUGUCCUCUCGACAACUCACUUAACUCUGAUGCCUACAGCCAAAACAGCCUAAAUUCUCACCUGGGAGGCAACUGGUUCUGCAGUUGCACAAAUUAUUUUGACAAUCAAAAAAAAAAACAACAAAAAAAAAACCAUUAUUUAUUCCUGGCUUGGUUUUUUUUUUUUUCCUCCCAUUUCUUUUUGCCGGCUGUGAAGAAAAACUGCCACCGGUUGCUUUAUUAAUUCCCACACUAAUUGGCUUUGUGCAUAUUGAUUUUGUUUCUCACGAGCGUGCUUUUCCCCCCAGCAACUUGUAAAUUUGUACCUAAAGGAAUACCAAUCCAAGUAAGCCGGAUAUUUUGCAUCGACUUAGAAUUGUAACUUAUUGUAUAGCUCAAAAGAAAAAGGAAAUUUUCACUCCAGCUAAUUUCCUUAAAUUAUGUCUAGGAUGCUCGACGGGCAGCUUUUUUUUUUUUUUUUUCGACAGUAUUCUGAAAGUUUAAUUUCGGAGGCGCUUUAUUUCUGUCAGUAGCGCUCACUGAACGUCGGCGUAUAAAGUUCUCGCUUCUCUCACACAAGAGUUGAUUAAUUUAUUAAAAUUUGCAAACUCAUCUCAGUAGGUAUGUUGCCUAUAAAUGUUUCUUUUUUUGGUUUUUCUUGCCAGCAGUCGUUGAUGAGAGAGAGAGAGAGAGAGAGAGAGGAAAAAAAAAAAGUAAAAUCCCAGAUAUGUUUCCAGUGCAUUCACUGAGAGGUGGUUGAAUGUCUUUGGCUCAUUAAUCAGUCAUCAGUAGCCAACUUGCUUUUGAAUUAGAUCCACAGAGGAAAGCUGUUCAACUUGGUUGUUUUUGAGUGCUUUUUUUUUUUUUUAAAUCGUCUCAUCUUUAUAAGAGUUUGGGUUUGUUGUUGUAAAGCACCUGGUUACGGCUCCUUGUGUUGUCAAGGUUGAGCCCGGGCUUGUUUAUGAACGGCGGUAAAUAUUUGUUUUAUUUCAUAUAACUGUUUUAUUCCUUGGCUUUUUGUUUCUUUCCCGUCAAGUGGGAGCAGAGAUGUGCCCACUUCAGGACAAGAGAUCGUCUCGCCUAGAGAACAAAGUUGUGUACAAAAGUGUAAGUUGAGGCUGCAUAGGUUGUGGCGUUGUUUAUUUUCUACCCGUUGUAUUUCGUUGUUGGUUGGGAGAGUCUUAGCAAGUCUCCGGGAGUAGUUGCGCUCUCUGUACAACUUCAGUUCUGUGUACAUAUCCUGUUCUUCGACAACUUGUACAUAUGUGAAAGUGAAAAGAGAGAAUACCCAAGCAAAGUCUAUAUUUUCUGCAGUCUGAUAUUGUUUUUCUUUAACUGUAGCUUGAAUAAUAAUAAUAAUAAUAAUUAAAAAAAAAUCUUUGGGAUCAUAAA